AUACUGACGGUACUGAGCUUUGUGAGCGACUUAACGACGCUUAGAGCUUUCAGUUAUUAUGAGUUAUUAAAUAGAACGCGUAAGAUAAUACUUGUUUUAAAAGGAAAAAAAGUUUGCCUAGGUGGUGUGUAAAUAGUAAAGUGGUUAAGAAAGCCCUCCGUUUUGUCGUUAUUUGGGUCUGUUUCUGUCUUGCUCCUUCCUUCCUGUUUUUGUUCUGUCAGGGAGCAAACGACAGCGCGAGCCGAAAGGACGUCAGACGAACCGAUAGAGAGACAGCCCCUCUCUAUCUCUCUCUGUCUCUGUGUGUCCCUGUGUGUGUGUGUUUCAUCCUCUCAUCCUCGGUUGUCGUGUCCCCGGGUCUGAUCGCGUCCCGCGGAGUCUUAAUGCCCGCGGAGGAUGAGCCCAGCCAUCGAGGGGAUGGAGUCCGAGCAGCCGAUGGCUUUGGGGAAGGGGGUUCUCCUUGAGCCCUUCGUGCACCAGGUGGGCGGCCACUCGUGCGUGCUGCGCUUGGGCGAGCAGACCAUCUGCAAGCCGCUCAUCCCGCGGGAACACCAGUUCUACAAGAGCCUCCCGCCGGCCAUGCGCAAGUUCACCCCGCAGUACCGAGGGGUGGUGUCAGUGAGCUUCGAGGAAGAUGAGGAGGGUAAUCUGUGUCUCAUCGCCUACCCGCUGCACAGCGACCUGGGUGAUCUGGAGAAUGUGGACCCCUCGUCUGACCUGGAACCUAAGAAUAAGAUGAAGUGGUCCAAUAAAAUGUUGCUGGACAAUGAAGGCUACAGCAAGGAAAGGGCCAGACACUCACGCAAGGACAAAGACAAGAGUCUGAAGCGGGAGGAGGAGUUGGAGUGGUUCCAGCAGGCCGAGGUGCUCUACUAUAACCUGGAGAGGAGUAACGCUGCUGCACCGCAGCUCAAGCACAACCCCUGGAGCCUCAAGUGCCACCAGCAACACCUGCAAAGGAUGAAGGAGAACGCCAAGCACCGCAACCAGUACAAGUUUAUCCUGUUGGAGAACCUGACAUGGCGUCACACAAUGCCGUGUGUUUUGGAUCUGAAAAUGGGCACACGACAGCAUGGUGAUGAUGCGUCCGAGGAAAAGAAAGCCAUGCAGAUCCGCAAGUGCCAGCAGAGCACAUCAGCCAGCAUCGGGGUUCGUCUCUGUGGCAUGCAGGUCUACCAGUCCGACUCCGGUCAGCUCAUGUUCAUGAACAAGUACCACGGACGCAAGCUGACGUUGGUAGGUUUUAAGGAGGCUCUGUACCAGUUCUUCCAUGACGGACGGAGGUUGCGGCGCGAGCUCCUCUCCCCGGUGCUGUGGCGUCUCCGAGAAAUGCAGGCCGCCCUGGAGGCGUGCGAGAGUUACCGCUUCUACUCCAGCUCACUCCUCAUUAUCUACGACGGAGACCCGCCGUGCUCACGUCGUUCUACUGAGGACCGCCUCUCUGAUGAAGAGGGAGAAGAAGAGGAGGAGGAAGAGGAGGAGCAAGGUGCAUUUGGGUUCCCUCGCAGCACUGGAGGAGCGAGUGGGAGCAGCAGUAGUGGUGCUAGCAGUGGUGCUAAGAGCAGCAGUGGGAACUCCAGCCCUGUGGUGGAUGUGCGAAUGAUUGAUUUCGCUCACACCACAUGCCGGCACUAUGGGGAGGACAGUGUAGUGCACGAGGGCCAGGACACAGGAUACAUCUUUGGCCUACAGAACCUCAUAACUAUCAUCUCUCAGUUAGAGGAGCACAGUGCCGAUUGAACUGGGCCUUUUGCUUGCAAUAUUGAAACACAAAAAUAUACAACCCAACUUCAGAUUAAAACAGCGGGAGUUUGCCAGUGUCAAUCUCUCUGUCAAAUAUCACUGUCUCUUUUUUGAUUCUCUUCUUUCUUUCUCGAUUUCUUUCUUUCGGUCCGUCCAGCGCCCAUAAAGGGGCGUUAAUGAAACUGCAAGAUUUAGCAGGUUCAUUUGUGUCCUAUGUUGGUGUUCCUUUUUCUUUUUUUUCCUGUUUAUAGAGGAUUAAAAAGGGUUAAACGGGGAGAAUACUGCAGACAUGGCGGUGGUUUGUUUACUUAACUUGGUGACUGGUAGCCUUCUUCACAUCGCCCCCCCUACUGUUAAAGGUUUUACAUCCCUCCAUUUUCUAAAAGCAUUUACAGGCAAAGAAAACAACAAACAAGUGUAAAUAAUCUAGAAUCUGUGAAUCUAGUCAUGUCCAUUCCAGAAGAAUGAUGUAGCGCUACAGAUUGCACUCGGUUAUUUGCUCGUACUCUGUGAUGAGAGCAAAUGGAAGGUGGAGAAAGGUUGCUUUUCAUUACGAAAUGACCACUCUUACAACUUUUUCCACUGUAAAGAGAGAACUAUAUUCGAAUAAGCAGUAGAGGCACACAGAGACUAUAACAGAGCUUUAUUUAUUUGACAUACUGUAUUUCUUAUAUAAACUAAAAAAACAACAAAAACAAAUGGUGACAUGAAUACUACAUUCCAUGUUAUUACUAUUAUAAUGGUUAUAAUAAUAAUAAUAAUAGUAUUUGAUAUGUUCAAAUACCUGUUCUGUCAACAGUAUGUUGGAGGAAAAAUAAAACUGCUUUUUGUUAAA